AUGGCUCCUGCAAGGUUGAUACACGACCCGGUGCUGAUUAAAGAAGACGCCGUCCAGUCACGACAGUUCCAGGCUGAAGAUAUUCAGACAGAGCUAUGCGUUUGUGGAGGCGGCUUGUCUGGCGUGUGCGCGGCCAUCACCGCGGCUCGUCAAGGUGUCAAGGUCGUUCUUAUCCAGGACCGGCCAGUGUUGGGCGGCAAUGCGUCGUCUGAGGUCCGAUUGUGGAUUCUUGGCGCCACUAGCCACAUGUUCAACAACAACAGAUAUGCCAGAGAAGGCGGCAUUGUUGAGGAGAUCCUCAUCGAGAACCUCCACCGUAACCCGGAAGGCAACCCACUGAUUCUCGAUACCGUUCUCCUCGAGAAGGUCGUCGAGGAGCCCAACAUCCAGCUUUACCUGAACACGGCUCUCAUCGCCUGUGAAAAGGCGGGUGAACGUAUCGACCAUGUCAAGGCAUUCUCCUCUCAAACAUCACUGAUGCACACAAUCAAGGCAAGCCAGUUUAUCGAUUGCACUGGAGACGGUGUGCUCUCCUUUUUGGCCGGUGCUCCGUUCAGGAUAGGCGCCGAGAAGUAUGAGGAGUUCCAGGAGAAAUUCGCACCGAGUUCUGAUUAUGGACAUCUCCUCGGCCACUCUAUCUACUUCUACUCUAAGGAUGUGGGCCGGCCGGUGAAGUUCGUGGCACCCUCUUACGCCCUCCAGGAUGUCGAAGGCGAGAUCCCCCGCUUCAAGACAUUCAACACCAAGGACAUGGGCUGCAACUUGUGGUGGAUCGAGUAUGGUGGUCGCAUGGAUACUGUUCAUGACACCGAAAAAAUCAAGUGGGAGCUCUGGAAGGUCGUCUACGGGGUCUGGGACUACUUCAAGAACUCCGGUCGCUUUCCUGAGGCCGAGAAUCUGACGUUGGAGUGGGUUGGUACUAUACCUGGCAAGCGUGAGAGCAGGCGCUUCAUUGGUCCCACUAUCAUGAAGCAGCAGGACAUCAUUGAGCAGCGCUUCCACAAUGACGCUGUCUCCUUCGGCGGUUGGUCCAUUGACUUGCACCCCGCGGAUGGUGUAUACUCAGAGAUCGAAGGAUGUAUCCAGCUUCACAGCAAGGGUGUUUACCAGAUUCCUUUCUCCACCAUGGUUUGUGCCGAGAUUCCUAACCUUAUGUACGGCGGUCGCAUCAUCUCAGCAAGUCACGUUGCGUUUGGUUCCACCCGAGUUAUGGCGACUUCAGGUGCAAACGCCAAUGCUCUGGGCAUGGCCGCUGCUCUCUGCAAGAAGCUGUCAGUCGACCCCAUUCAACUGCUCGCCAAGGAUAAGAUGUCGAUGCUCCAGCUUGAACUCAUGCGCUUUGGCCAAUUCAUACCCGGGUACAAGCUCAAAGACCCCUUGGAUCUUGUUCAGAAAGCAAGCUCCAUUGAAACUACUUCUCAGUUUGAGCUUUCCGAGCUCCCUGCAAAUGGUCCCCCCAAGGUCCUUACGAGGAGCCUUGCUCAGAUGCUGCCUCUCACUGAGGGGCCCGUUCCCAAGUUCACCAUCACGGUCAAGGCCGUCGAGAACACCACCUUGACGGUGCAACUGCGUGGCUCAGAGAAAGCCUACAACUACACUCCGGAGGUCAUUCUCGGAGAAAAUAAGUUUGAGCUUCAGCCUGGCGAUAACGAGCUUGUCAUCGACCUUGGCGCUUCCAACCCGCAGACCCAAUACGUCUUCCUCUGCCUCAUGCAAAACGAGUCUGUGGCGGUCUGCACGACUCUGACUCGCACCAGCGCCCUCGAGACUGUCGAGCAUGAAUGCACCCAAGUACCGCCAGAGAACGUUGGCGUCGACGGCUUCGAGCGUUGGACUCCCGUCCGCAGGCCAAUGGGCCACAAUUUGGCACUGCGUGUCGAGCCGCCCAUCAAGGCGUGGGCCGUCGGCAACAUACGCAACGGUGUCGCCCGUCCCACGAAGCGGACAAAUUGCUGGGUCCCGGCCAAGGAUGGCAAGAGGAAAAUGGUCACUCUUCGUUGGGACCAGCCCGUGCGCCUGUCCAAGAUGGUUCUGGGCUUCGACACCGACUUUGACAACGCCUGCGAGUCGGUUCUGCGUGGCCAUCCCGAGCGCGACAUGCCCUUCUGCGUCAAGUCGUGGAGGGUGCUGGACCUAUCGAAGGAAGGCGAGGAGGUGGAGCUGUAUAAGGAGAACGACAACCACGUCUCGAGGAGAGAGAUCGCCAUUGAGCCCCGUGUAUCGAGUACAGCGAUCGGAGUGGAGAUUCUGGAAAUCAACGGUGACGAGAACAACGUCUAUGGUGGCAUCUUUGAGAUUCGGGCUUAUGAGUAG